UUGAAUCGGACUCCAUGCACAACUACGUUCUACGUUCCAGGAAUGUUGGAUCCUAAUUUCUGAUUCUGCUAACUUUUGAGUAAAAAGCUAAAGGAAAAACGUAUAGAUAUGGCAGCCGUUGGAACGAUGUAUGCUGUAAGGCCUCAUUAUGACGUUGAUGGUUGCGUCACCACUGCUGACAUCAUGUAUCCUGUUAAGCGACUGUAUCCUCCCGUCACUAAUCUACGUCAGGAUAAAAGUCUUGAAGAGCGUCAAGAGUCGUUACUGAAAAAACUUGACUCUCUGAUUGCAACAGCAACUGCAAGGUUGGGUGAUGUUGCGCAAUCCACAAGUAAUGUUACGCAAUCAGAUGGAAGAUUCAGUGAAAUUCUACAGCCUGGUUGCCCGGUGGAUAUUGUGAUUCGAACAAAUCCAGCCAACCCGCCCAUUUGGUUAAACCAUGUGAAGAAUCUUCUGGAGGACUCAGGGAUCAGGUCAUGGUGGAAGUUCCACACUCAUUCUUCUGUCCGUGUCCGGCCGGAGAUGAAAUCUUUCCCAGCUUCCGUCGAACACGAGGACAGAAAUCCGUACCAGCUGAUCAUCACUGUCGUAUGGUCUGACGCGCAAUGCCCGUCACUUCACACAAGCCCUUGCAAUCGGACACCAAUAUGUGGCGAGAGUAAUAUAUUCCGGUUUUUUGCUCGACUGUUUGGAGUCUAUGAUACAUCCACAAAUAGUGAUGCAGUAACCGAUAUUUGUCUUGAUGCUUGUGAUGUCAUAACAUCCCCUUCAUCGUCCAACCAGGAAAAAGCUUCAACUAUGAAAUCAAUAUCGACAGCUGUAGAGAAAAGGUCAUGGUUUGGUGAUCACAGUUCGCCGUUACUUGAAUCUUAUGUCGCGUCAGUUUUGGCAAAUUAUGGAACAAAAAAUAUACCACAAGAGGGACUCAAAAGAUGGGUCACACAACGUGUGGGUUAAUGUAUUGAGAACUUGCACAAUGUUUUACCAUGGUGCCAGAUUUUGUAUGAAGUUUAAGAAUAUGAAAAAAAAUAAAAAUCAUAGAUUGCCUUU